AGGAAGAAUUAGAAUUUCCACACUGGUCUUCUCGGCCAUCUUUUUGUAGUGCAAGCUCAAAAAUACAAAACACAACACAAAUAUUUGACAUUUAUAAGUAUAUUUGGAUUAUACAACUGCACGGAGACGUGAGCAGCUGUCAUGUCAGAUUUUAUUGACAGUGAAGCUGAGGAGUCGGAGGAGGAGUUCGAAGAGAAGGACCUUAAGCCCAAGAAGACUCAGAGGUUCCUAGAGGAAGAUGAUGAAGAAGAAGAUGUGGAUAAUCCAGAGGAGCAGGAUGAGCAUGGAAAUUUACGUGGACUGAUUGACGAUGGAGAUGAUGAUGCAGAAGAAGAGGAAGCAGAAAAAAGUGCAAGUCCAGCUGGAAGUGAUUCAGAAGAGGAAGUCAGGCAUCGGCGUAAAAAGCGCAAUUACGACGACUACUUGGAUGACGAUGAUCUUGACCUAAUUGAGGAAAAUUUGGGUGUUAAAGUCAAAAGGAGGAAGAAGAAAUAUGACCGUGUGAAAACACUGGAUGAUGAUGAAGAGGAUGAUGACCAAAAGGAUUUGAUCGCAGAUGAGAUCUUUCAUAUGGAUGGUGAGGGUGAGCUGGAGGAGGGUGAAGCUGUUGAUGAACCCCUCCAGCAUCCAGAUGAUGAUGAAGAAGGAGAGGAUGAGGAGUCAGAUAUAGAUGAUUUUAUUGUUGAUGAUGAUGGCCAACCCAUAACCAAAAAGAAAGGCAAGAAGGUCUCCGGAUACACUGAUGCAGCUCUCCAGGAAGCUCAGGAGAUUUUUGGAGGCGACUUCGACUUUGCUGACUUUGACGCAGACGUCUAUGACCAAGGAGAGGAGGAAGAAGAAGAUCAAGAUGAAGAGGGUUACCUGCCAAAGAAACAGACAAAGAGAAGGCAGGGGAGGAAGAGCAUCUUUGAGAUCUAUGAGCCCAGCGAGCUGGAGAGCAGUCACAUGACUGACCAGGACAAUGAGAUCCGGUCCACAGACAUGCCUGAGAGGUUCCAGCUGAGGUCCAUCCCUGUUAAAUCUGCUGAAGAUGAUGAGCUAGAAGAAGAAGCAGAGUGGAUCUUUAGACAUGGGUUCUCCACUCUGACCAUCUCCAUGCAGGAGAGCACGGAUUAUCUUGACAGAGGAACAACAACGAACUUCAGCAGGAAAGGGCCCAGCACUAUUGCUAAGAUCAAAGAGGCCCUCAACUUCAUGAGGAAUCAACAGUUUGAGGUUCCGUUCAUAGCUUUUUACAGAAAGGAAUAUGUGGAGCCUGAGCUAAAUAUUAAUGACCUGUGGAAGGUGUGGCAGUGGGACGAAAAGUGGACUCAGCUAAAGACGCGGAAGCAGAAUCUGACUCGUCUGUUUCAGAAAAUGCAGUCCUACCAGUAUGAGCAGAUAUCUGCCGACCCCGACAAACCUCUGGCUGAUGGUAUUCGUCCUCUGGACACGGCUGACAUGGAGAGGCUAAAGGAUGUACAGACUCUUGAAGAACUGGGGGAUGUGUACAAUCACUUUUUGCUCUAUUAUGGCCGAGACAUCCCCAAAAUGCAAAACGCCGCCAAAGCCAGCAAGAAGAAACUCAAGAAGAUCAAAGAAAUUUCAGAAGAUGGUGAAGAAGAGGAGGUGGAAGUUGAAGAAGAAGAGGAACAGAAAGGACCUGACCUCAAACUGGCGUCUCGAAGAGACAUGUACAGCAUCUGUCAAAGCGUGGGACUUGACGGCUUAGCUAAAAAGUUUGGACUGACUCCAGAGCAGUUUGGAGAGAAUCUCAGAGACAGUUACCAGCGUCACGAGACGGAGCAGUUCCCCGCCGAGCCCCUGGAGCUGGCCAAAGACUACGUUUGUAGUCAGUUCUCCACUCCCGAGGCAGUCCUGGAAGGAACCAGGUAUAUGGUCGCCAUACAGAUUGCUCGGGAGCCUCUGGUCAGACAUGUUCUCCGUCAGACCUUCCAGGAGCGGGCCAAGAUCAACACCAAACCUACCAAGAAAGGCAAAAAGGAGGUAGACGAGGCUCAUUUUGCUUAUUCCUUCAAGUAUCUCAAAAAUAAACCCGUAAAGGAACUGAAUGCAGAUCAGUUUUUGAAGAUGUGCCUGGCAGAGGACGAGGGUCUUCUUUCCAUUGACAUCUGUAUAGAUCUAAUAGGCGUCAAAGGGUAUGCUGGGGACCAGACGUACUUUGAUGAGAUCAAGCAGUUUUACUACAGAGAUGAAUUCAGUCACCAGGUCCAAGAAUGGAACAGACAGCGAACGUUGGCCAUAGAGAGAGCUCUCAAUCAGUUCCUCUACCCUCAGAUGGCCAAGGAGCUCAAAAGUAAACUGAUCGCCGAGGCCAAAGAGAGCAUCGUCAAGUCCUGCUGCCGCCGGUUGUAUAACUGGCUUAAGGUGGCUCCUUACAGGCCAGAUCAGCAGGUGGAAGAAGAUGAUGACCUGAUGGAUGAGAGCCAGGGAAAAGGCAUUCGAGUGUUGGGUGUUGCUUAUGCUCCCAGCAGAGACACGCCAGUUUUCUGUGCUUUGAUCAACGGAGACGGAGAGGUGGUGGACUUCCUUCGUUUGCCGUACUUCCUGAAGAGGAGGAACGCUUUCAGGGAAGAUGAGCGAGAGAAGAAGGCUGCUGAUAUUGAAAGUCUUAAGAAGUUUCUCUCAAGCAAGAAGCCUCACGUGGUGGCCGUAGCUGGGGAGAACCGAGAUGCUCAAAUGAUCAUGGAGGACAUAAAGAGGACCAUCAGUGAGCUUGAGCAGGAAUCGUCUCUACCUGCUGUGGGAGUGGAACUGGUAGACAACGAAUUGGCCACGCUGUACAUGAACAGUAAGAAGUCUGAGAAUGAUUAUAGGGAUUAUCCUCCGCUGCUGCGACAGGCAGUCUCAGUAGGCAGGAAGAUUCAGGAUCCUCUGAUAGAGUAUGCUCAGGUCUGCAGCACAGACGAGGACAUCCUCUGUCUCAAACUACACCCGCUGCAGGAACAUGUAGUGAAGGAGGAUUUGCUCAGCGCUCUUUACUGUGAGUUCAUCAACCGUGUCAACGAGGUCGGUGUUGAUGUGAAUAGGGCGAUCGCUCAUCCUCACACUCAGAGUCUGGUCCAGUAUGUGUGUGGUUUGGGACCAAGGAAGGGUGCCCACCUACUAAAGAUCCUGAAGCAGAACAACACACGUCUGGAAAACAGAACACAGCUGGUCACCAUGUGUCACAUGGGACCCAAAGUUUUUAUCAACUGCGCUGGUUUCAUUAAGAUAGACACAACAUCACUCGGGGACAGUACGGAUGCUUACAUAGAGGUUCUGGAUGGUUCUCGAGUCCAUCCCGAGACGUAUGAGUGGGCUAGGAAGAUGGCCGUCGACGCACUGGAGUACGAUGAGUCUGCAGAAGAUGCAAACCCAGCUGGAGCGCUGGAGGAGAUCUUGGAAAAUCCAGAGCGUCUCAAAGAUCUGGACCUGGAUGCUUUUGCUGAAGAGCUUGAGAGACAGGGUUAUGGCAACAAGGGCAUAACUCUUUAUGACAUCCGUGCAGAGCUGAGCUGCAGAUAUAAAGACCUCAGAGUUCCUUACCGAGUCCCCAACACUGAAGAGGUCUUCAAUCUGCUCACCAAGGAAACCCCAGAAACCUUUUAUAUUGGUAAGCUAAUAACUAGUGUAGUAACUGGUAUCGCUCACCGGCGUCCUCAGGGAGAGAGCUAUGACCAGGCUAUUCGUAAUGAUGCCACCGGCCUGUGGCAGUGUCCCUUCUGCCAGCAGGAUAACUUCCCUGAGCUGAGUGAGGUGUGGAAUCACUUUGACAGCGGCUCAUGUCCAGGUCAGGCCAUCGGAGUCCGGUCCAGGUUAGAUAAUGGAGUUCAGGGCUUCAUUCCUACCAAGUUCCUUAGCGACAAAGUGGUCAAACAUCCAGAGGAAAGGGUCAAGGUGGGCAUGACGGUUCACUGCCGCAUCAUGAAAAUCGACAUUGAGAAGUUCAGCGUAGACCUCACGUGUCGUACCUCAGAUCUGAUGGACAAAGGCAACGAGUGGAAGCUUCCUAAGGACAGCUAUUAUGACUUUGACGCAGAAGCCGAGGACCAGAAACUGGAGGAGGAGCUAAAGAAGAAACAACAGCGAACACCAUAUAUAAAACGUGUGAUCGCCCACCCCAACUUCCACAACAUCAGUUUCAGCCAAGCAGAGAAGAUGAUGGAGACGCUGGACCAGGGAGACCUGAUCAUCAGGCCCAGCAGCAAAGGAGAGAACCACCUCACGGUCACCUGGAAAGUGGCUGAAGGCAUUUAUCAGCAUGUGGACGUGAGAGAAGAAGGCAAAGAGAACGCAUUCAGCUUGGGUCACACUCUCUGGAUCAAUACUGAGGAGUUUGAAGAUCUGGAUGAAAUCACUGCUCGGUACAUUCAACCAAUGGCCUCGUUCGCACGAGAUCUGCUGGGACAUAAAUACUUUCAGGGUUGCAACGGUGGAAGCAAGGAGAAAAUGGAGGAGUUGUUGAUCAAGACAAAGAGGGAGAAGCCCACUUUCAUUCCUUACUUUAUUUCAGCUUGUAAAGAUCUGCCAGGAAAAUUCCUUUUGGGCUACCAGCCUCGUGGAAAACCUCGAGUUGAGUAUGUGACCAUCACGCCGGACGGUUUCCGCUAUCGUUCACAAACGUUUCCCACAGUGAACGGGCUCUUCCGCUGGUUUAAGGAUCAUUAUCAAGAGCCUGUGCCAGGCAUUACUCCCUCUAACAGCAGCAGAACCAGAACCCCCGCAUCUCUGAACGCAACGCCGGCCAAUAUAAAUAUUGCAGAUUUGACUCGAGCUGUCAACGCCCUCCCACGAAACAUGACUUCUCAGAUGUUCAAUGCCAUCGCCGCCGUGACGGGUCAGAGCCAGAACCCCAACACAACUCCUGCACAGUGGGGCUCCAGCCAGUAUGGCUUUGGUGGCAGCACAGGAGGUGGAGGCAGCUCGUCUGCUUAUCACGUAUUUGCCACCCCUCAGCAGCCCAUGGCGACACCCAUGAUGACUCCUAGCUAUUCCUACACAACCCCGAGCCAGCAGACCCUGGGCACGCCACAGUAUCCAGGCUCCACCCCUCAGUCUUCUCAAACACACGCCCACCCACACCUUACGCCUCACAGCCUUCCUGGCCACCACAGCAGUCAUCAUGGCCACUCAUCCAGCACACCCUCUUCCUCCACCUCAUCACGAGGACGAACGCCACAGCAACAGCAGCCGCAGUCAAAGCCUAGCAGCAGCUCCACUGCAGUCGACUGGGGGAAGAUGGCUGAGCAGUGGCUAAAGGAGAAAGAAGCAGAGGGGAGGAAAAAAUCCUCGAGGAUGACACCACGGCCGUCUCCCAGCCCCAUGAUUGAGAGCACACCCAUGUCGCUCCCCGGAGAUGCCACACCUCUGCUGGAUGAAAUGGACCGAUAGAACACGGAGGGGGGGCGUCAGUUCACCCCACAAAUUCUUUGUACCGCCUCACUCGGAUAACCUGUUCUUCUUGUCCUUCCCCACAUCUUAUCAUCAUCUUUAUCUCCAUCCAGCCGAUGAUCACUGGUUCUCCUCACCGCCUUAGCUGACUCAUGUCAACUCAGAUCUCUCUCCUCUUUGUCCCUCUCAUACCAAAUGCUUCAUUUCCUCCACUCCCACCAAGCUGCUUCGUGUUGCGCAGAAAGACAGAACCGUGAUAAUAAAAACUACUUGAAGUAUCAGUUACACUUAGGACAUGGAUCUACACAGACAAGCUGUCCUAUCUUUGUUUUUGUGUUUGCUUAUUGCUCAUAUGGUUCCAGGCGAAGGGAACAGUCAGCCGUUCCUCCAUUAUGGCUGGUGGAAUGUUGAAAGCAGUUGCCAUAACAACACUUUGUUUGCCAAGCCAGCAGGAAAUUUAAUUUUUGUUUGGAAUUCGUCAGAAUGAAUAAAGACUUCUGUUUUCUGUUUGAAACUUUAGACUCCGCGCUUCACAUCAACACAGCGAUAACUACAUGCAGGAAUGAUCGAGGAGGGGUUAGAAGAGUCGUCCCCACCACGUGCUGUAUUACAAUCAGCUGACUGUCUCUGAUGUAGACUCUGCAGCCGGUCCUAUGUGGACAUGAGCACAUGGAACAUUCCACUUUGGACACGGUUGUUCUCAAUAACCUUGUAUGCUUCGACAUAAGGCAUGGUGGAGGAAGGUAGCUUUUAUUUGAAAGCUUUUUGAUUCUAGUGACGAAAUCCAAUUAGCAGAUGUUUGAUCUGUCGAGGGAGCAUGUAUGAGUUUGUUUUUUAUUUACUCUCAUCUGAAUCUCGUUUUCAGUUUAGUAAAUCUCACCUGACGAUAAGUAACAUUCACCAUCUUUGGAAACCAGCAAACUGGAUUUUCACCUUUGCAGCAAAAAUCUAAAUGUCUCAGUGGAGGAAAUCAUGUUUUUUUCUAACUCUAUCAAACUUACUUCUGCUGUGUUUAUGUUCCUGUAAUAUCUCAACUGCACGUAUUUGUUUUAGUAGAAUGGAUUUAUUAUUAAAAAACUCAGUAGGGAUUUAGUUGCUCCUCAGCCUCCCUCCAUGAUGCAUUCACUUCUGUCUCUGUGCCACAGUACAAACAAGCAGCACUGAUAUUUAAUGGUGUGCUAUUUAACUUGCAUUAUGCAAAGUAUGAUGGUCCCAUAUAUUGCAUACUGUUUUAAAUAAAUUUUGUUUGUAAGUCCUGAGUUUUACCUCUGGCCAGGUUGAGAUGUUGAAACCUGUCUCAGCGAGCCUGAUUGGUUGUCUGCAGUCACCUGAGGUGCUGCAGACAACCAGUUCUAUCUGUGAUCUCUUUAAUAAAAGUGUUCAUAGAAAA